AUGAGCUCACCACUCGCCGGCAGGGCGUCUCAGAAUGGUGCCUUCUACGCAGACGGUUCAGCCUGGAACGCGGACCAGCUCCAAGAUGCUAGUGCCACAAUGUUCCCACCGGUGACGUUUGGGGAACAACAGCAGUUUCAGAGCGGUCCACUGCCACCGCAGGCAGUACCUAGUCUCCAUCACAGCCCAAGCUCUGCGACAAACGGGCUGGCAAGCUCCUCGUCACAGAUUUCUUCGCCAGAAUCUGUAUCGCCACGUAACGGCAGCGCCAGCAAGAAGCGUAAAUCAUUGGCCGACGAUGACCCUGUUGACCGUAAAGGCAAACAGCCGCCGGUGAAAAAGACCGCUCACAACAUGAUUGAAAAGAGAUAUCGAACCAACCUGAACGACAAGAUCGCCGCCUUGCGUGACAGCGUACCGAGUUUGCGAGUCAUGUCGCGCGUGAACGGUGUCGAGGAAGAGGAUGAUGCCGAAGACCUAGAAGGUUUGACCCCUGCACACAAGCUGAACAAAGCCACUGUACUCUCCAAGGCCACCGAAUACAUCCGUCAUUUAGAGAAGCGGAACAAGUGCUUGUGCGACGACGUCGCCGCCCUCAAGGCUCGAGUUGAUCAGCUGGAGAAACUGCCAAUGGCAACACCGCUGGUAAUGACUAAUUCCGCGGCUACACCUGACAGUGUUCGCUACCAGGAGGAUCCUUUCUCCACAACCCCUGUUCCAGGCUCGUCGCUUGCUCACAGUGCUCCACAAGGGAUGAUACCGGUGCCUGAGAGUAUCUCGAACCUCCACCACGCAAUGUCCAAUCAACCUCAUUACGCACCUGCGCAAGCGGGCUACCCCGUCUACACCACUGCUCCAGGCCGACCUGGGGUGCCCGCGCAUCAAACCCAGCAUGUGAAUGCUCGAGGAGGCGGGCGAUGGGGCAACAAGCUCAUGGUUGGAUCCCUUGCUGGCUUGAUGGUCAUGGAAGGUUUCAGCUCCCGUGAACAAAGUGGUGAACAUCCGAGUGGGAGAGGCCUAUUCGCGUUCCCCUUCGAACUCUUCAGGCGCGUAGGCGGUUCCUUUGCUCCUCGGUUACUAAACCGGGGCCUCGCCACUCUUUAUGCUCUAUUACCCUACCUGAAGACUCUUCUCAUUUUGGGAGCUUUCCUGUACCUGAUCUCCCCACUUUUCGAGCUCAAGCCAAGAUCGAAGAAGAAACCUGCGCCGCAUGUCCGCUUGUCGCCGGCUCCCUCGCUCGCGUCACCGGUUGCGGUGCGCCGCAAAGCAUGGCUUACUGCAAUUCAGACUGUGUGGGUACCACGGCACACAUUUCUGCUGGAAGUUGCUGCGUUAGGCCUCAAGACGCUCAAGCUUAGCACUCGCAAGUUGGUUGGAUGGCAUGGAUAUGCUCUUCUUACUGGGAUCACCAAGGAGCAAGAAGCUGCUAGGGUCAAAGCAUGGGGAAUUGCGCUGGACGCUCAGCUGACUGGAGGCGAUGUCGAGAUCAGCAUGAGCAGGCUUGUACUAACUCUGAUGGCCUCCGGUACAUUGCCUGACACGCCAGCAAGGCUUCUGCUCAAGGCGCUACACAUUCGGAUAACGCUGUGGGAAGUUGCCCGAGCAGGUUAUGGCACCUGGUAUAUGUUCGCAGAGACUUCUACAAAGCUGGCCCGGAGCUACUGGAACGCCGCACGGGCAGAACACAAGAUGGCAAUCAACUGCCCUUCAGACGAGAACAGUGCUGUCGAGCCGUUGCCGGACCAUCUGGCUGCGCUUCUCGAACUUGAGUGCGACGAUGUGUUGAUAGACCGAAUCGUUCAAAGAGCGUACAACUUAGCCUGGAACCGACCAAGCGCAGCCAACACCGAACCUGACGAAGCAAUGGAUAGUGUAGUUGAGGACUUCGCUAUUUCUUCACCUCUGGAUGCGCUCGCCGCCUGGUGGUCGAGCUACAGCCUCAACAAGGCUCUAGUACUCCACCUGAGCUCUGGACAGGUUAUACCAAACAAGGAGACUCUGGACGACCUUGAACUAGCCAUAAAAACUGCGCCGCCAACAUCCGAUGCACGCGCUAGAGCACUUGUCACCAAAGCCGUAUUAUCACCUACCAAUCGUCAGCAGAACAUCAUCGCCGCCUUCGACACGUUCCCGUCUCACCCUCACUCAUCCGCCGCCAGCGAUGGUGGUUCUAGAUCGCCACCCGCCGCUCUCAUAAAUCUUGUCGGAGAGACACCAAUAGCACCAGACGUCAGGAUUGCCCUGACACUGGCCAAAUGCCUCUGUCUCGCGGAGCAAAGUGAAGCGCUGGACGCCGAAGCGGUCCGGCAGCGAGCUACCUUCGUAAUCAACGACUUUCAUCUGCCCGAGAUGAGCCUCACCUUGCUCAGCUUUACCGCCGCUUACAUGGUUGUUGAUUCUUUCGCAGCCGAUCAGACUCUGCGCUCUGAAGCCAAGGAUGGGCUGGAGCGCAUGACUAGCUCACUGCGGGUCUGGAUCGGGCGUGCGGCUGGACGUCGAAGCGGCCUGCCUAACAGGGCCAAAGCCACGAUUGUGGAAAGAUGCCUCCAAGUGAGCAAGAUGCUGGUCGGCAUGCAAGAACCUAUCGAAGAGGAAGACGCAGGGUAUGUGAGCGGCAGUGAUGACGACGCCGCCAUCGAACGGGCUUGA